AUGUUUCAAGCAACAACAUUAGUGGCGUUACUAAUGGCAGCGAUAUUAGUAGCGAUAAGAUGGGGGUGGAAUAUGGUGAAAUGGUUGUGGCUGAAUCCUAAGAGGAUGGAGAGGCUUCUCAGAGAUCAGGGCCUUCAAGCCAAUCCUUAUCGAUUCUGGAUUGGUGACUUGUGGAACAUGGUUCAAAUGCAGGAACAAGCCAAAUCAUUAUCUAUUCCCUCUCAUUCCCAUGAUCUUGCUCCUCGUGUCUAUUCCUUCGUCCACCACAUUGUCAAGAAAUAUGGGAAGAGUUCAUUUAUGUGGUUUGGACCGACACCAAAACUGAUCCUGAUGAAUCCAGAGCAAAUAAAGGAACUGUUAAAUAGGAAUUAUGAAUUCACGAAACGUCACAUGAAUCCUAUUAUCAAGUAUAUAGGAUCUGGUGUCGGAACCUAUGAUGGUGACAAGUGGACUAAACAUAGGAAGAUCAUUAAUCCAGCUUUCCAUUUGGACAGACUGAAGACUAUGAUGCCAACCUUUUACCAAAGUUGCAGUGAGAUGAUAAAUGAAUGGGAAAAAAUGUUGUCUCCAUUAGAUGGAACGUGUGAAAUGGAUGUAUGGCCUUGGCUUAAGAAUUUGACAAAAGAUGUUAUUUCUCGAGCAGCCUUUGGAAGUAGCUAUGAAGAAGGCAGACAAAUAUUCGAUCUUCUCACAGAACAAGCCGAACUUGUUAUGAAUAAUUUGCAAAGAUACUACAUUCCGUUUUGGAGGUUUAUACACGCCAAGGACAAAAGGAGGAUGGAAGAAAUUGAUGGGAUUGUGGAAGAUUUACUGAAGGGAAUCAUCGAGAAGAAGGAGAAAGCUCUGAAGGCAGGUGAAGCCAUAAUCAAGAAUGAUCUGCUAGGCAUACUUUUAGAAUCCAAUCACAAGCAGAUUGAAAGCCAAGGAAAUUACCAAAACAAUAUUCUUGGGAUGAGUUUGCAAGAAGUGAUCUACGAAUGCAAGGUGUUCUACGUGGCAGGCCAAGAAACCACCUCGGCUUUGCUUGUUUGGACCAUGAUGUUGUUGAGCAGGUACCCUGAUUGGCAAACACGUGCACGGGAAGAAGUCCUCCAAGUCUUUGGCAAUCAAAAACCAGAUUUUGAAGGGUUUAGCCGCCUCAAGAUUGUGACCAUGAUCCUAUAUGAGGUUCUUAGGCUAUACCCACCAGCAAUAUGGAUGGAGCGAUCUGCUGAGAAGGAAAUGAAACUUGGGAAUUUGACAGUACCAGAAGGAAUGCAGUUUUCUAUACCAAUACUUUUACUUCAUCAUGACCAAGAGAUAUGGGGGAGUGAUGCCAACGAGUUCAAACCAGAGAGAUUUAGUGAAGGAAUCUCAAAGGCAGCGAAAGGCAAUUCCGUUGCAUUCUUUCCAUUUGGGUGGGGUCCUCGAAUUUGUAUUGGACAAAAUUUUUCCUUGCUAGAGGCUAAGAUGGCUCUCUCUUUGAUUCUACAACAGUUCUGGUUUGAGCUCUCUCCUAUAUAUUCUCAUGCUCCUUUCGUUGCCAUUACUCUCAAGCCAGGCCAUGGGGUUCAUGUCAUUCUACAUAAACUCGAACAAUAA